UUGAGGUUUAUGUCCAACAUGGAAAACACGACAGAGGGGACGUGGGACACUUUACCGGUGAAACUCAACGAGAGGAUUUUACAGACGCUCGAUGAGAUGAAAUUCACUCACAUGACACCUGUACAGUCCGCUUGUAUUCCGCUGUUCAUGAGUAACAAAGAUGUGGCUGCUGAGGCGGUGACCGGCAGCGGGAAGACUCUGGCUUUCGUCAUUCCUGUUAUAGAGCUGCUUCUGAAACGAGAGGAGAAACUAAGGAAGAUGCAGGUUGGCGCUCUGGUCGUGACCCCCACCCGAGAGCUGGCCCUGCAGAUCAGCGAGGUGAUGGGGACUUUUCUGGAGAAGUUUCCACAGUUCACCCAGAUUCUUCUGAUCGGUGGCAGUAACCCAGCGGAAGACGUGGAGAAGUUCAAGGAUAAAGGGGCCAACAUUGUGAUUGCGACGCCGGGCCGCCUGGAGGACAUGUUCCGGAGGAAGGAGGAGGGCCUGGACCUGUCCAGCGCGGUCCGGAGUCUGGAGGUCCUGGUCCUGGACGAGGCCGACCGGCUGCUGGACAUGGGCUUCGAGGCCAGUCUGAACACCAUCCUGAGCUACCUGCCCAAGCAGAGGCGCACCGGGCUGUUCUCGGCCACCCAGACCCAGGAGCUGGAGAAGCUGGUGAGGGCCGGCCUCAGGAACCCGGUGCGGAUCGCCGUCAAAGAGAAAGGCCAGACGGAGGCCUCCGCCGCCACCCAGAAGACCCCCUCCAGGCUGUCCAACUACUACACAAUGUGCAGGGCGGAGGACAAGUUCAACAACCUGGUGGCGUUUCUGAGGCAACACAAGCACGAGAAGAAUCUGGUCUUCUUCAGCACCUGUGCCUGCGUGGAGUACUACGGCCGCGCUCUGGAGCUGCUGGUGAAGAAGGUCAGCGUGCGCUGCAUUCACGGCAAGAUGAAGAACAAGCGCAGCAGCAUCUUCGCCGACUUCCGGAGCCUGAAGAGUGGGAUCCUGGUGUGCACAGAUGUGAUGGCCCGAGGCAUCGACAUCCCAGAUGUGAACUGGGUGCUGCAGUACGACCCCCCCAGCAGCGCCAGCUCCUUUGUGCACCGAUGUGGGCGAACCGCACGAAUCGGUAACUAUGGCAACGCCCUCGUCUUUCUGUUGCCGAUGGAGGAAUCUUACAUCACCUUCUUAUCCAUCAACCAGAAAUGCCCGCUCCAGAAGAUGCCGCCUGUAAGCGACGUGGUGGACGUGCUGCCCAAAGUGAAGGCCAUGGCCCUGGCUGACCGGGCCAUGUACGACCGGGGCAUGAGGGCCUUCGUCUCCUACGUCCAGGGCUACGCCAAGCACGAGUGCAGCCUCAUCUUCAGGGUCAAAGACCUGGACUUCGCCUCCCUGGCCCGGGGCUUCGCUCUGCUCCGCCUGCCCCGGAUGCCGGAGCUGAAGGGCAAGGCGCUGGACGACUUCGAGGAGGCGCCGGUGGACACGGACACCAUCCGCUACAAGGACAAGAACCGGGAGAAGCAGAGGCGCAAGCUGCUGGCCGAGCUCAGGGAGAGGCGCGAGACGGAGCCCCCCCGGAGGGGCCCCGUGAAGACCAAAGCCUGGUCCAAGCAGAAGGGCCGCAGGGAGCGGCGCAAGAAGGUGGCGGCCAAGAGGAAGAACCGGGAGGGCUCCGAUGUGGACGAGGAAGACCUGACCGAGCUCCUAAACGACACCCGUCUCCUCAAGAGACUAAAGAAAGGACAGAUCACCGAGCAGGACUUCGAGCAGCAGAUCACACAGUCCAAACACAAACCAGACGGGUCGCCGAGUUCGCUCUGA